AUGUCUGCCCCAAUCAACAAGGAAAAGUUAGAACAAGAACCAGAACAACAAAUUCACAAAAUCAGAAUCACCUUAACCUCCACCAAAGUUAAGCAAUUGGAAAAUGUUUCUGCUAACAUCAUCAAGAACGCUUCUCAAAGCAACAUCGUCAAGAAGGGACCAGUUAGAAUGCCAACUAAGGUUUUGAAAAUCACCACCAGAAAGGCUCCAAAUGGUGAAGGUUCCAAGACUUGGGAUGCUUAUGAAAUGAGAAUCCACAAGAGAGUUAUUGACUUGCAAGCUCCAGCUGCUACUGUCAAGAAGAUCACUCAAAUCACCAUUGAACCAGGUGUAGAUGUUGAGGUUACCAUUGCCGCUUAA